CUGUCUGCAUGCAGUUAUGGGACAACAACCGCGAGGAUUUUGUCAAGCAACACCAUCAAUAACGGCAACAUAGCUAAGCAUUUUGGGAUGCCAUUCACGUUAUCUUUGCUUAACGCUAGCUACUCGUCUUAGUCAUCAAGUUAGAUAACGGUUGUCUGAAUGGACAACUCGAGCUACUGCACCGAGAGCUUGAACAGUGCGUUGAGCGGCACGAAGAGCGGCAGCAGCUACGACGAUAUGGUGGAGAUAACCGGAGCCACGCUGGACUUUUCCGUCACCGAAGACGUGCAGUCUCUCGACAGGGACGGAGAUGGUGUAGAGGGGGUCCCCAGGCUGCUGGAGCUGCUGGACGAGCCUGUCCCAGGCCUGGGGACGUAUGAGGACUUCAACACCAUCGACUGGGUCAGAGAGAAGACCAAGGAUCGGGACCGACACCGAGAGAUUGCCAGUAAGAGUAAGGAGUCUACUUGGGCGCUGGUGAAGAGUGUGUGUGAUGCUUUCUCUGGAUGGCUGCUUAUGCUGCUCAUAGGACUCAUGUCAGGGGCGCUGGCGGGAGGGAUCGACAUCUCGGCUCAUUGGAUGACAGACUUGAAGGAGGGCGUGUGUUUGAGUGGGUUCUGGUUCAACAGAGAGCACUGCUGCUGGGGCUCCAACCACACCACCUUCCAGGACCGGGAACAGUGCCCCCAGUGGACCUCCUGGGCACAGCUGCUCACAGGCUCCACGGAGGGUGCAGCAGCCUACAUAGUGAACUACCUGCUGUACGUGAGCUGGGCUCUGCUCUUCUCCUUCCUGGCCGUCACCCUGGUCCGAGCCUUCGCCCCCUACGCCUGUGGAUCUGGGAUACCUGAGAUCAAGACCAUCCUUAGCGGCUUCAUUAUCCGGGGAUACCUGGGGAAGUGGACCCUGGUGGUGAAGACGGUGACCCUGGUGCUGGCCGUGUCGUCGGGGCUGAGCCUGGGGAAGGAGGGGCCCCUGGUCCACGUGGCCUGCUGCUGCGGGAACAUCCUCUGCCACCUGUUCACCAAGUACCGCAAGAACGAGGCCAAGAGACGAGAGGUGCUGUCUGCGGCAGCUGCUGUGGGAGUGUCUGUAGCGUUUGGAGCACCAAUAGGAGGAGUUCUCUUCAGCCUGGAGGAGGUGAGUUACUACUUCCCCCUGAAGACUCUGUGGCGGUCAUUCUUUGCCGCGCUGGUGGCGGCGUUCACGCUGCGCAGCAUCAACCCGUUCGGGGACAGCCGCCUGGUGCUGUUCUACGUAGAGUUCCACACCCCCUGGCACCUGCUGGAGCUCAUCCCCUUCGUGCUGCUGGGGGUGUUCGGGGGCAUCUGGGGGGCAAUGUUCAUCCGUGCCAACAUCGCCUGGUGCCGGCGCCGCAAGACCACCUGGCUAGGCCGCUAUCCUGUCCUGGAGGUGCUGGUGGUGACGGCGGUGACAGGACUGGUGGCGUUCCCUAACCCCUACACGCGCGGCUCAACCAGUGAGCUGAUCUCCGAGCUCUUCAAUGACUGCGGCCUGCUCGACUCCUCCCAGCUCUGUAACUACGACAACGUCAACGUGACGCGCGUCAGCAACAGGCUUCCUGAUAGGCCGGCCGGGAGGGGGGUGUACACCGCCAUGUGGCAGCUGGCUCUCGCACUGGUCUUUAAGAUGCUCAUCACCGUGGUUACCUUCGGCAUGAAGGUGCCUUCGGGUCUAUUCAUCCCUAGCAUGGCAGUGGGCGCCAUCGCGGGGCGGUUGCUAGGCAUUGGCAUGGAGCAGCUGGCGUUGUACCACCAUGAUUGGCUGGUGUUCCAAGGCUGGUGCUCCCCCGGAGCCGACUGUAUCACACCAGGCCUGUACGCUAUGGUGGGGGCCGCUUCUUGUUUGGGCGGCGUGACCAGGAUGACCGUGUCCCUGGUGGUCAUCAUGUUCGAGCUGACGGGCGGCCUGGAGUACAUCGUGCCCCUCAUGGCCGCCGCCAUGACCAGCAAGUGGGUGGCGGACGCCCUGGGCAAGGAGGGCAUCUACGAGGCGCACAUCCGCCUCAACGGCUACCCCUUCCUGGAGCCCAAGGAGGAGUUCAGCCACAAGACCCUGGCCAUGGACGUGAUGCGGCCGCGCCACGGCGACCCACCGCUGUCCGUGCUCACGCAGGAUGGGAUGAGCGUGCAGGAGGCGGAGGAGCUGGUGGCCAGCACGGCCUACAGCGGCUUCCCCGUGGUCGUGUCCCGCGAGUCCCAGCGGCUGGUCGGCUUCGUGCUGCGCAGGGACCUGGUCAUUUCUAUAGAUAGCGCCCGGCAGCGUCAGGAGGGCGUGGUCAGCUCGUCGCGCAUCUUCUUCACGGAGCACCCGCCCCCCCAGCCCCCCGGGAGCCCCCCCCCCCUGAAGCUGCGCAGCAUCCUGGACCUGGGCCCCCUCACUCUCACCGACCACACCGCCAUGGACAUCGUGGUGGACAUCUUCAGGAAGCUGGGCCUGAGACAGUGCCUCGUCACUCACAACGGGCGUCUGCUGGGCAUCAUCACUAAGAAGGACAUCCUAAAACACCUGGCGUCCAUGGCCAACAGAGACCCAGACUCCAUCCUCUUCAACUGACCCUCCAGACAGCACUGUGGAGCACAGGACUCCAUCCUCUUCAACUGACCCUCCAGACAGCACUGUGGAGCACAGAGACCCAGAACUGCCUAGAUCUGUUUUCUGGCUAUGCCUGUAUUAAACAGUAUUCUGGUUGGUUGGCUGACUCUGUAAACAGUAUUCUGUUUGGCUGGCUUGCUCUGUUAACUCUGGUUGGUUGGCUGUGCUGAUUUAGCAUGCAGAUCAGCCCCAGCGAUGAGGGGAGAGGAAGGAUCAUCAUAAUUAUCUUCAUCAUCGAUAUCAUCUAUGUCUUAUAUCGUCUCCACCUUCUUCAUCACCUUAGCCUGAGAGAUCUGUUCAGAGAUGAAUAGUUGUGCUUCUCAGUCAGUAUAAACCAGACACUCCAUCCUGUGUUCACGAAGCACGCUGCUGUCCUCCAGAGAGGGGGGUCUUAAGGGCAGCAGGCAGCUCUUCUGCUAGGCUCCACCCCUCCAGGGGGAGUCACCUCCCUGAGGUGUACUUGUUUUGGACUAUGCUGGUUGACAGCUACAGCAGGCACUACCCAUGAACUACCACUCCCUAACAACUACCACUCCCUAACCUUGGAACCCAUCUGUGUGUUAUGUGUUCAUUAACUGCAAUUAACACUAAUCUAAGAUUAUAAACUAUGUAAUAUAUCACUAAUGCAUUCCUGUCAUUUGAUCUUUGCUAGGAAUAAAACAGUGAGAGAGCGAGAUG